UUUAAUAAAGAAAGAUAUUUCACCUGCCCAGCAGGAAGAGGUUUCUUUGUUUUACUGGAGCAUUGCCGACCAGAUUCCCGCUUUGCUAAUUCACCAACCACUGAUGUCAGUUUAAAUGCUGAAAAAGACAGGCGACUUAUGGAGGAAAAUGAACCAGGAGGAAACGUUCACAGGCUGGUGAGAGAACUGGAGGAACAGGUGACACAUUUGCAAGCAGAACUACGAGAGAAAGAGUUGAGAGAGACCAGCUUACAUGAAAAGCUGAAGAAAAAAGAACAACUUGAAGAAACUUCAAGGAAACAAUCGACUGAGAUAGAGCAGCAGCUGACAAACCUGCGAGAUGUAACUCAGCAAAUGACAAUUGUCCAAGGGCAGCUACAAGAAAAAAAUGAAGAAACUGCUUAUAUACAGAAUCAAGCUAGUGCCCUAAGGCAACAACUGGUGGAAAAAGACCAGGAAAUGAAUGAAUUGGAAACAACUCUGUCCACAGCUCAGGAUGAGUUACGUGAACAUCAACGACAACUGAGAGAUGUAACCCAGCAAAUGACGAUUGUCCAAGGGCAGCUACAAGAAAAAAAUGAAGAAACUGCAAAUUUACAGAAUCAAGCUACUGCCCUAAGGCAACAACUGGAGGAAAAAGACCAGGAAAUGAAUGAAUUGGAAACAACUCUGUCUACAGCUCAGGAUGAGUUACGUGAAUAUCAACGACAACAGUCUCCUGAGUGGAUCAUUUCACGGGAUCACAUUCAGCUGACGGGUAGGUUUCUCGGCAGAGGAGGCUGGGGAAGUGUUGUCGAAGGCAAAUAUUGUGGUUGUUCUGUUGCAGUGAAACAGAUCCAUGAGUUGAUUCUCUCUCCUCACAACCGCAAAUUAUUUGAGCGAGAAAUGGAUAUUGCAUCAAGAUGCCGCCACCCUUGUUUGCUGCAGUUCAUCGGAGCUACAAAUGACGAAGGGAAUCCAUUGUUUGUAACAGAGCUCAUGGAAACAAGUUUACGCACUCUGUUGGAACAGAGAACUCUUUCUGAGGCUGAAAUGUCUUUUAUUUCCCUGGAUGUAGCUCGGGCGCUAAACUACCUUCACCAAAAGCAACCAUCUCCUAUUAUUCACCGCGACAUCAGCAGCGCAAAUGUGCUACUUUGGCGACAGGGCGAACAUUGGCGAGGCAAAGUGUCAGAUUAUGGAACCGCCAACUUUAUGCAGCAGACCAUGACAGUUGCUCCUGGUGCCAUGAUAUACAGUGCUCCUGAAGCACUUACUAAAAAUCAAACUGUCAAGGUUGAUGUGUACAGUUUUGGGGUCCUCCUCUGUGAGAUGUGCAUCCGGGAAUUGCCAGAUCCAGUGAGGCGUGAUCGGCAAGUCGCCAUGGUUAAAAACAAAUUGAAUCGAGCCCUUAUCCGGGGAUGUUUGCAAUCGGAACCCGAGGCGAGACCAAGCAUACAGGAGAUCAUUGAUGAACUUGAGGAACCUGUUUAA